AUGCCCGCCGUGUCCGAGGCAGCGGCAAGGGAGGCUGUGCUGGAGGCCUGCUGCAAAGCGCUGGGUCUGCCCAUGUCACCUCUGCCGCGGCCGUUGCGCCUGGCCAGCAGCGGCAGGCAAGGGGGCACCAGUGGCAGCAGCAGUCUGGCCAGCAGCAAGGAUGGCCCUGCCUCUCCUGGGCCAGGGGCGCAGCCGCUUGAAGCACCAGUGGCAGGCGCGCAGGAGCAGCAGCAAGAGGAUCAGGAGCGAGUGGAGCAGCAGCAGCAGCAGCAGCAGCAGCAGCAGCAGCAGCAGCAGCAGCAGCAGCAGCAGCAGCAGCAGCAGCAGCAGCAGCAGCAACAGCAAGAGCAACAGGAGGAGGGUCGCGGGCGCCUGCUCGUCUUCAACCUCUUCUGCCUCGAGGCCUUCCACAUUGCAGAGGCUCUGGGGCUGCGCUGCGCAGCGGCCCAUCCCUACCUCAUCCCCUACAGCUGCCCGGCCUCUUUCGAGCGCCGCUUUGCUGCAGCCUACCCCCCUCUGCACGCAAAGCUCAGGGAGGCAGUGGGCAACGAGGAGGGACGCACGAGCUGGGCGGAG